AUGGGCUUUUCCGACUUCGACUGGCCACAAGACUCGCAACUCUUCCCUAAGCACGAGACCGUCACUCAAUACCUCGAAGACUACGCUGCCGAUAUCAAGCACCUCAUCCACUUCAACACCCAAGUCCUGGACAUCAACUUGGCUGGUACCAAACAAGAUGGACAAGACAUAUGGUCUGUCAAGACGCAAAAAGUACAACAUAAUACCCAGGAGGCUGCCGUUGAAACGAGAUACGAUGCGAUCGUUGUCGCCAAUGGUCACUUUGCCGUGCCUUUCAUCCCUCAGAUCAAAGGCAUGAAAGAGUGGGCAGAGCAUUACCCGAAUGCCAUCUCGCACUCCAUGUACUAUAAGAAGCCUGAGGACUACAAAGAUCUCAAGACCAUUCUUGUUGGCAGCGGCGCUUCAGGUAUCGACAUUGCCAUGCAGCUAAUGCAAGCAUGCAAACUGCCCCUCAUACAAUCCCAAAAGUCAAGAGGAUUCCUGCUAUCCGACCCAACGCCGAAAAAGCAAGAACGAGAAGAGAUCGUCGAGUUCAUCAUUCAAGACAGAGCUGUACGCUUUGCGGAUGGUACUGUUGAGAAGGACAUCGACUGCAUCCUCUUCUGCACCGGCUACUUUUAUUCCUACCCUUUCCUCAACAAUUUAGACCCACCGCUCGUCACCAGCGGCACCCAUGUCGAGAACUUGUAUCAACACUUGAUAUAUCGUCCACACCCUACCCUCUGUUUCCCUACUCUACAACAACGCGUCAUCCCCUUCCCCAUGGCAGAAUCACAAAGCGCAGUCAUUGCCCGUCUCUGGAACAACCGUAUCUCCCUCCCCUCAAUCUCCGACAUGAAAACCUGGGAAGACAACCUCUUGAAUGAAACAAACGGUGGUGGGAGAGACUUCCACCUACUCCUGUUUCCCAAAGAUGCAAAUUACAUUAAUGCCAUGUAUGACUGGUCCAUGUCGGCGUCUGAUGCAGAGACUACGGGCAAGCGACCACCGACAUGGGGCGAAAAGCAAUAUUGGAUGCGAGAAAAGUUUCCAGAGAUCAAAAAGGCUUUUCAGGAUAGAGGUGAGGGUAGACAUCAAGUGAGGACGUUGGAAGAGCUGGGCUUUGACUUUGAGAAAGUGAAGAAAGAGGCACGCGUUGAGCAGAAGAGUUUGCUGUAA